AUCGACAUGAGAGCCAUAUUCAAUUCGCGAUUUGUACAAUUUACCAUCGGUCUGAUGGGAAUCAUUGUGUCCUCGGCGACAAUGGGAAUUCCCUACAAUCUUCAGACCAAGGUACUGGCCAUUGUACGGGCCCUGGAGCUGACGGCCUCGGGAUUACUCAUCUUUGGGCUGCUGAAGAAGCGGGAUCUGCACAAGUCGAAGAUCAUGAUGGUCUGGUUGAUCUGUACCCUAUUGUUUGUCGCCGGCCUUUUCUACAACAUGUUUGAGGGUUUCUGGAUGUUCUACAGAAUAGAUGUCGCCACAUCGAUCAUAGUUACCGCCUCGCUAUUGGGUGCGGCAGCUGUGCUGUCUGGCAUGAUGUACGUGGUGUACAGUGGCUACGAGAGACUGGUGGAUGGCACUGACGAGCAGAUACUUACAGCCUGAGUGGAAAAGUUGUGGAACCAGGUCCCUGCUCGAAGAAGUUACCCUGUGAUGGAGGAGGAUCGCUGCUGAAUAGAAGCCCGACUAAUUAUAGUAAGAGCUUACUACGGACGGCGGCAUCAUCAGCAGCCGUAGUCCUUCCCUUAUGUGAAAUAAUUUUAAUUAAAAAAUGCCGCUUUUCACAUGUUUCCCCUGUUCCCUGUCCCCUGUUCCCAGUCCAACCGUUGCCACUUGUAAAGUUUCUGAAAA